AUGACCGACUCCAAGCAGCCCAAGGUGCUUCUGUUCGACAUCGGCGGGGUGUGUGUCGUCUCACCCUUCCAAUCCAUCCUCGACUACGAGCUCAGCCUCGGCAUCCCUCCAGGAUGGAUCAACUACUCCAUAUCCAAGACUAGUCCCACUGGCUUCUGGCACCGCCUUGAGACGGGAUCGAUCCCCAUGGACAAGGCCUUCUUCGAGGGCUUCAACGCGGAUCUACACGACCAGGGGCGGUGGGAGGCCUUCUACGCCGCCCAGCGCGUCAAGAACCCGUCCCUGCCCGAGCAGAUCCCUCCACUCCCCGCCAUCGAUGGAGAGUACCUCUUUAACACCAUGAUGACCAACUCGAUCCCCCCGGACCCGUGGAUGUUUCCCGCUCUGAGGAAACUCAAGGACAGCGGCAAGUACAUCCUCGCGGCGCUGAGCAACACCGUCAUCUUCCCUGAGGGCCACAGGCUGUGGAGGAAGGACUUCACGGACGACCCCGUGCGCAGCCUGUUUGACGUCUUCAUCUCGUCGGCGCACGUCGGGCUGCGGAAGCCGGAUCCGAGCAUGUACCAGCUCGCUCUCAAGAUGCUAAACGAGUACGCCGCCAAGAACGCACGCUCCGAAAGGGGCCAGGCGUUGGGCUGGGCCGAUGGCAUCAAAGCGGGCGAUAUUGUGUUCCUGGACGACAUUGGCGAGAACCUGAAGGAGGCGAGGAAGCAAGGUUUCGGGACGAUCAAGGUCCAUCUAGGGCGGACCUACGAGGCCGUCGAGGAACUGGAGAAGAUCACGGGGCUGGCCCUAGAGGGUGACCACCCUAAGAUCCCCGUGAAGCCUAACUUGAAGGGCAGCGGUAAGGCGAAGCUAUAG